AUGCAGGAGCGGAACAAGUGGAACAAAACUAAGAGAAACUUCAGUCCUGGUGACCUUAUGGUCAUCGUCGAUGACACCGCGCCAAUGAACUCUUGGCUAAUGGGGCGUGUGGUGGAGGCUUUGCCAGGGGCCAAAGAUGUCAUAGAGGGUAUUAAGAUAACAUCCACAGGGCCUCAGACCAUUCAGAAAGCCCAGGGGGAGACAGUCAUGCUGGGGUGCACCUUCAUCUUUGACCCCUCUGACAUAGGAGAACUGGACAUUGAGUGGUUGCACGUCCGUCCAGACAUGACCCAGAAAGACCAGCUGAUCUUAUCUUAUUCAGGAGGGAAAAAAUUGCAUUAUGGGGACCCCAGCUUGUCUACCAGGAUGGACUUCACAGGAGACCCCGCACUGGGAGACGCAUCCAUCUCCAUCUCUGCAGUGAAGGACUCAGACACAGCCACCUACCAGUGCAAAGUCAAGAAAGUGCCGGGUGUCGACAUGCGAAAAGUCACUCUGGCAGUGAAGGUCCCUCCAUCAAUGCCUAAGUGCUGGGUUGAAGGUGGCGAGGAGAAGGGGAGCGAUGUCUCCCUCCAAUGCAAAUCCUCCGUGGGAUCCAUCCCCGUCAACUAUGUCUGGACCAGAGAGAGUGGAGGGGCCAUCCCGCCCACAGCAACACAAAACUCUCAGACUGGAGAGCUGAUGAUAAGAAAUCACUCAGAGAGCUACAUGGGAAACUAUCUUUGUGUGGUGUCGAAUCCUGUUGGCAAAGCGCAGUGUAAAUAUACCCUGAACGCAUACAACCCUUCCAACAAGGCAGGGACCAUAGUGGGUGCUGUAAUUGGUGGCCUGCUACUGUUGCUCCUCCUCCUGCUUCUCAUCUGGCUUCUGGUCUGCUGCUGCCACAAGCGUCGCUAUGAGAAGGAGGUUGCCCAUGAAAUCAGGGAGGAUGCCCCAGCCCCAGAGAGUCGCCCCGCCAGCAGGAACUCCAGCUUCCGCUCGGUCCUAGGCUGCCGCUCCCACCCCGGGGUGGUCUACAGCUCCGUAAGAAAGGGCCAGCCCAAGAGGACAGAAUCAGGCCACAGCAGCAUCUACACAGACAGGAGCAAAGGCACGCCCGCACCCAGUGGGCAGCAGGCCCCUCCUCUGUUGAAAUAUGACAGCAGUUAUGGCUACCCUGUGUAA